CCUGGACAGGUUUCUGGGUGUGGAGCUCCGUGUGAAGGCGAUCGGAGCAGUUUUUAAACUCCAGCAGCUCCGUUUGUGGACAGAAGCGCCGCAGAUAAUUCCCGUUAACGGAGUCCCAGCUGGAACUGAAGGAGAAGGAGCCGACGGUCCGACGCGUCCAGAUGUUGGAGCGGAGUCGGUGAACGAGCAGCAGUUCAGGUAAAAAGGUGUGUGUGAGCUGAUGUGAAUCCAGCAGCAUGGAUCAGUGUGAGGACAGAGAGGAGGGAGUCCUUCCCUCCAGAACCUCCCCCAGGGGAAAACCUGAGAGAGAAGAAGAGAGGAGACAAUCUGGACCUGGACCUGGACCUGGACCUGGACCUGGACCUGGACCUGGACCUGAACCUGAAUCCAGCUGUGUGUCCUUGAAGAGUGAUGCAUCAAAGGAUUUACCUAUCGUUUUUAAAGAAGCUCCUGGUUUUCCUUCAGAGAGGAGACCUGGACCUGGACCUGGACCAGGACCUGAAUCUAGACCUGGACCUGAAUCUGGACCUGGAUCUGGUCCGAGCUGUGUGUCCUUAAGGAGUGACAGAUCAAAGGAACCCAUUACCUAUUUUAAAGAGUCUCCUGGUUUUCCUUCAGAGAGAGUGGACCAGCAGAUCUCAGAGUCCCCCAGUGGUCCGUCUGUCCAGCAGCACCAGACCCAGCUGGACUCCAUCUUUCAGCUGCUGGAAGACGACAUUGUCAUGUUUGUGAAGGACGAGCUGAAGAAGAUCCAGAAGGUUCUGAGUCCAGAUUACCCAGAAUCCUCAGAGAGUCUGGAGGAGGAUGAAGAUGAAGAGCAGAAGAGCAUCAGAGAGACAUUCAUGAAGAUCACAGUGAAGUUCUUGAGGAGGAGGAAGGAGGAGAAGCUGGCCGACCUCCUGCAGAGGAAUACCCGCGCUGCCGUUUGUCAAUCCAAACUGAAAGGUCAGCUGCAGAAGAAGCACCGGCAUGUGUUUGAGGGGAUCAUUAAAGCAGGAAAGACAAUCCUUCUGGAGCAGAUCUACACGGAGCUCUACAUCACAGAGGGAGGGACUGGAGAGGUCAAUGAAGAACAUGAAGUCAGACAGAUUGAAGCAGCUUCCAGGAAACCAGACAGAGCAGAAACAGCCAUCAGACAGGAAGACAUCUUUAAACCCCCACCUGGAAGAGAUGAAUCAAUCAGAACGGUGAUGACGAAGGGAGUGGCCGGCAUCGGGAAAACAGUCCUAACACAGAAGUUCAUUCUGGACUGGGCUGACAGCAGAACCAACCAGGACAUCCAGUUCCUGCUUCCAUUCACCUUCAGAGAGCUAAAUGGGCUAAAAGAGAGAAAGUUCAGCUUGGUGGAACUAGUUCAUCACUUCUUCUCUGAAACCAAAAGAAUCCGCAGCUUUGAAAAGUUCCAGGUCGCGUUCAUCUUUGACGGUCUGGAUGAGAGUCGACUUCCUCUGGACUUCCACAACAAUGAGGUCCUGACUGAUGUUACAGAGUCCACCUCCAUGGAUGUGCUGCUGACAAACCUCAUCAGGGGGAACCUGUUUCCUUCUGCUUGUCUCUGGAUCACCACACGACCCGCAGCAGCCAAUCAGAUCCCUCCUGAGUGUGUCUCCAUGGUGACGGAGGUCAGAGGGUUCACUGACCCACAGAAAGAGGAAUAUUUCAGGAAGAGGUUCAGAGAUAAGAAACAGACCAGCAGGAUCAUCUCCCACAUCAAGACAUCCCGGAGCCUCCACAUCAUGUGCCACAUCCCAGUCUUCUGCUGGAUCACUGCUUCGGUCCUGGAGAACGUCCUGGAAACCAAAGAGGGAGGGGGGCUGCCCAAGACCCUGACUGAGAUGUACAUCCACUUCCUGGUGGUCCAGGCCAAACUGAAGAAGGUCAAGUAUGACGGAGGAACUGGGACGGAUCCACACUGGAGUCCAGAGAGCAGGAAGAUGGUGGAGUCUCUGGGUAAACUGGCUUUUGAGCAGCUGCAGAAAGGAAACCUGAUCUUCUAUGAAGCAGACCUGAGAGAGUGUGGCAUCAAUGUCACAGAGGCUUCAGUGUACUCAGGAGUGUUCACCCAGAUCUUUAGAGAGGAGAGAGGCCUGUACCAGAACCAGGUCUUCUGCUUCAUCCAUCUGAGUGUCCAGGAGUUUCUGGCUGCUCUUCAUGUCCAUCUGACCUUCAUCAGCACUGGAGUCAACCUGCUGGAGGAAAACAAUAAUACCUCCUGGUGGUUUAAAACAAGAGCAGAGACUGACCUCUAUCAGACAGCUGUGGACAAGGCCUUACAGAGUCCCAACGGACACCUGGACUUGUUCCUGCGCUUCCUCCUGGGUCUUUCACUGGAGACCAAUCAGGACCUCCUACGAGGUCUGAUGACAUCAAACCAAAUAACUUCACAGAAAACUAUUGAAUACAUCAAGAAUAAGAUCAGUGAGGAUCUGUCUGCAGAGAGAAGCAUCAACCUGUUCCACUGUCUGAAUGAACUGAAUGCUGGUUCUCUGGUGGAGGAGGUCCAACAGUACCUGAGAUCAGGAAGUUUCUCCACAGAUGAACUGUCUCCUGCUCAGUGGUCGGCUCUGGUCUUCAUCUUACUGUCAUCAGAAGAAGAUCUGGAGGUGUUUGACCUGAAGAAGUUCUCAGCUUCAGAGGAGGCUCUACGGAGGCUGCUGCCGGUGGUCAAAGCCGCCAAGAAAGUUCUACUGAGUGGCUGUCUCCUCUCAGAGGACAUCUGUCCACUUCUGUCCUCAGUUCUCAGCUCUCAGUCCUCCAGUCUGACAGAACUGGACCUGAGUGACAACGACCUGCAGGAUUCUGGACUGAAGCAGCUGUGUCCUGGACUGGAGAGUCCACACUGUCACCUGGAGUCUCUCAGGCUGUCAGGCUGUCUGAUCUCAGAGGAAGGAAGUUCUUCUCUGGUCUCAGCUCUGACCUCCAACCCCUCCCACCUGAGAGAGCUGGACCUGAGCUACAACCAUCCAGGAGAGUCAGCAGGGAAGCUUCUGUCUAGACUGGAGGAUCCCCGCUGGAGACUGGACACUCUCAGGGUGCAGCCUGCUGGACAACGAUGGUUGACACCAGGAGGUCCGAGGAAGUAUUCCUGUCAACUCACCGUCGACACAAACACAGUCCACAAACGCAUCAAACUGUCUGACGACAACAGGAAGAUGGUGGAUGUGGAGGAGGAUCAGUCAUAUCCUGAUCAUCCAGACAGGUUUGAUGGUCCUCAGCUGCUGUGUAGAGAAGAUCUGACGGGUCGCUGUUACUGGGAGGUCGAGUGGAGAGGAGGUGUUAAUGUAUCAGUGAGUUACAGGAGAAUCAGCAGGAGAGGAAACUCUGAUGACUGUAGGUUUGGAUGGAACGAUCAUUCCUGGAAUCUGGACUGUUAUCAAGGUGGUCGGUACCGUGUCUGUCACAAUAAGAGCUACACAUCCAUCACCUCCUCAUCUCCAUCUCCAGACUCUAGCAGAGUAGCAGUGUACGUGGACGUUCCUGCUGGAACUCUGUCCUUCUAUAAAGUUGUCUCCGACAGACUGAUCCACCUCCACACCGUGAACACCACCUUCACUGAACCUCUCUGUGCUGGAUUUGGAUUCUGGUUAGGGCCCUUGUCCAGUUCUGGGUCCAGUUCUGGUUCUUCAGUGUCUCUGUGUCCAGUUUAGUCUCAAGAGUCUCCUGUCAGAGAAACUGUCUCUGUUGGAUCCUGGACUUGGACUCUGGUUCUGGUUCUGGUUCCUCAGUGUCAUGAUGAUGAUGUGUGGGUGGGGGGUGGGAGGGGGGUGGGGUCGGGACCGCAGGCCAGCACGCAGCUCCCGAAGCUCCGGCCUGCAAACAUGCACAAAAGAGAAAAAAGGGGGGCCGGCACAAGAAAUUACAGGAGUGAUGGACAAAAAUGAUAGCUAUGAGAUACUUAUAAUAAAUAAAAAUGGAAACACACUAGAGUUUACACUACCUAGAGAUUUACCAACACCAGCUAGAGGUUUACUAAACACUAACUAUAGGCUUUACUAAACAGAAAGGUUUUAAGUUUAGUUUUAAAGGUGGAGGUGGUGUCAGCCUCCUUAACCCAGAUUGGAAGUUGGUUCCAUAGUAAUGGUGCCUGAUAGCAGAACGCCCGCCCUCCAAAUCUACAUUUAGAUACUCUAGGAACUACGAGUAAACCUGCACUCUGAGAACGGAGAGCUCUGACAGGAACAUAAGGCACUAUCAAAUCUUGUAAAUAAUGCGGAGCUAAGCCGUUUUGGGCUUUAUACGCAAGUAAUAAAAUUUUAAAUUGGAUUCUGAAUUUUACAGGUAGCUAAUGGAGCGACGCUAACACUGGAGAGACGUGGUCUCUCCUGCUGAUUCCUGUCAGUACUCGUGCUGCUGCAUUUUGGAUCAGCUGGAGCCUAUUCAGCAAAUUACUUGGACAUCCUGCUAACAACACAUUACAGUAAUCUAGUCUAGAAGAUACAAACGCAUGAACUAGUUUUUCUGCAUCACUCUGCGAGAGGAUUUUCUUAAUUUUUGCAAUAUUACGCAGAUGGAAAAACGCUAUUUGAUGAUGAUGAUGGUGAUGAAGAUAAUCACCGUUAACCUUUUUCACAUUUGAUUUGAUUUGAUUUGAUUUGAUUUAUUUAUUUAUUUUUGUACAUGUAAAAAAAAUAAACAACACUUCAUGAGAAGUUUAAAAAAACAAAACAACAAAACAAAGAAUGUCAUCCUUUAAAACUUGCUAUGUUGGUGCCAAAAAAGGAGUAGGAAGAAGUGUAAACUUAUUUAGUCCUACCCCCAUUAACUGAUCAUUUAACCUGUAUUUAAAAAUAUUCACACACUGUAAAAUAACAGUAUUAUUAUUAUCACACCACACAUAUAUGUAUACCCAUAUAUAUAUAAUAAGGAAUUUAACUUGUAACGCACUUUACAUUCAAUUAAUCUCACUUAGACCAUUAUUCAUUCAUACACAUUCUCACCAGUGGUGGUAGCUACGUUUUGUAGCCACAGCUGCCCUGGGGCAGACUGACGGAAGCGUGGCUGCCAUUCCGCGCCAAACGGCCCCUCUGACCACCACCAACAUUCAUACACAUUCACACGGGGCAAGCUGGGUAAGGUGUCUUGCCCAAGGACACUACGACAGUAACUGGGAUGGAGCGGGAUUCGAACCGCCGACCUUCCGAUCAUUGGACGACCCGCUCUGCCGCCCCAUAUAUACAUACACCUAAACCCAGUCCAAAAACAUGCAUACUAGGUUAAUUGAUGAUUCUAAAUUGCCCGUAGGUGUGAGUGUGAGUGUGCAUGGUUGUGUGUUUAUAUGUGGCCCUGCGAUGGACUGGCGACCUGUCCAGGGUGUAACCCCUGCCUGAAAAUAGCUGGGAUAGGCUCCAGCAGACCCCCGUGACCCUGCAAAGGAUAAAGCGGGUAUAGAUAAUGGAUGGAUAGAUAAUGGACCUAAACCCCUUCCUCUUUGUACCUCGUGAGAAUCAUGUUUUUAUAUUUGUUUUUAAACUGGUUAAUGUUUGGACAUUGUUUUAAUUCUGAAUCCAUUCUGUUCCAUAGUUUAACUGCACUGACUGAUAAAAACAUGUCCUGCAAGUGAGAUGGUAAUAAGUUGUUCCUAGCUUUAUACAUGAAUUUUGCAGUUUGGAAUUCUACUAUGUCAAAAAAUGUGAUUAUUUUAGAAUUGAAGAAUAAGGAAUGCUUUGCAAAUUAUACAAAACAGAGCUGCCCGCACUAUUCUCAAGUGCGACAAUAGGACAAAUAUCAUCUCUAUGCACAAGAAACUCAAAUGGUUAUUGGUCAAAGACAGACUCAUAUACUCACUGUUGAUAUAUUAUAUAUAUAUUAUAUAUGUUCUAUUAUUAUAGAAUAGAUAUAUAUGAGUAUGUGUGUAUGUAUGUAUGUGUGUAUACAUAUGUAUGUAUGUAUGUG